GGCUGUUUUUUUCGCCCCAUGCAAAUCGUAUUAUAGCCCCGCGCGUGAUUCUGCUACCGUCGAUCCGUCAGUGGGUGAAGACAUUUCGUGAGUUUCGCGUUCUUUGCCGCAAGCAAAAAAAACCCAAAAAAUAAUACCGAGAAAAGGCCUCGUCCGUGAAACGAAAAAAGAAAAAUGAGUCAAACGAAUUUAUUGCCGCGACCACCCUUUUGGAAAGUGCCCGACUAUGUCAAUGACAGUCAUCAGCCUAAACAGCCAUCAACGCUGCUGCAGCAGCGGCUGCAAAGGGAGCCCGAUAGUGGAUAUCAUUAUCAUCAUCCUAAUAAUCAACAUCUAAAUCAUCAGCCACAACUCUUCACAGCCAAACCAAUGGUGGGGGCGGCGGCGGCGACAGCGACGGCAGUGGCACCUGCAGCUACCACAACAGCCAUGGGCAAUGGAACAGGCAUGAGCGCCAGUCAAUAUUAUCAUAAAUAUCAUCCCAUUGCCAAACCGGUCACGGGCAUGGGCAUAAGCCCAAGUUCAGGCAUGACCAUGAGUAAACCAAAUGGCACCGGCACUACGAGGAGCUUGCUUAAAAAGUACCGAAGCUAUGGCAGUUCGAAGAAACACGUACGCUUCAGGGAAACCGUUGACGAAUUUGAUUAUCACACUAAUGAAAAUGCUUGUGAGACUGAACCCGAAAUAUUUUCCAGUCCACCACCCCCAGAUCAGACUACUCCCUUAAAAGUACAAGUUGGCAGUCCAGCUUUUGGUGAAGUUCUUAGAGGCGAUAUUAUAUGCAAAAUUGGAGAAUACGAUGCCAGAGAUGUUAGCCAUGCCGAUGCUCAAAUGUUAUUCCGUACAGCUGGUAAUGAAAUCAAUUUAGUCGUCCACAGAGAUAGCAAAAUUGCUUAUACCCAGGGCUUAAAUGCAGACAAUUCGAGACCAAAUUCAUCAUUACUUUCCACAAGCCCAGAUCCAAAUUACCCACAUAGAGCUCCUUCACCUUUUCUACCCGGUCCUGGCUGUUAUGAACAUGCUUUGGAAGAACCCAUAAAUACGUUGCCUCAAACAGUAUUUCCCAAAUUGAAUCCAUCGGGAGGUUAUGUGCCCCCAUCCAGCACUUUUCAACCAAUGCCAACCAGGGAUCAUCAACAGGAUGUGGCUGAGGAGCAGGCCACCAUAGUGAAUCAACCAUACCGAACAACUCCACUUGUUUUGCCCGGUGCUAAAGUGAAAAAAGAUGCUCCCACCACAGAAUCCUACCUGAGACAUUAUCCCAACCCAGCUGUACGUGCCCAUCACCACCAUGACUUCCAUGACAGUGUCAUGAAGCAACGUGUUGCCGACACCAUGUUGCACAGAGUUGUUGGCCAAGAUGCUGAUACUGGCAGAGUUAUCCACAAACAAUUCAACUCCCCCAUUGGUUUGUACUCAGAACACAACAUUGAGAACACCAUCCGCCAGACAGUUCCAAUUUUCAUCGAUCUAUCUUUCCUGGAACAAAAACAAAAAAUACUGGAGCAACAAAAGCAGAAAGAACAGAAUGAACUUCAGCAUCGGGCACAGCGACAAAAACAGCCAGAACAACGUUACCAUCAUUGAUGAUUCGAAAUCGAAAAUAAAAAAACAAUAUGAGAAACUUAAUCCCCUGCGGUUAUGAUAGAGGAAUUUUAACAACCCUUUACACCCUUUAAUGUAACUCGUACUCCUUUACAUGUAUAGUUUGAAUAAUUUACCCACUCCUCUGCCUUCUCUCACCUAAACGUUUGGUCCCUUCACUUACCAGUUAGUGUCCAGUGUCAUUCCUUCCCGUGAGCCUUAUUACCCAGAAAAGGUCCCUUCAACCACUACCAAAACACUCAAAUACCUACACUAUUUUCAAAUUAAUUCUUGUCAUACCCCAGAAAAGCUUUUGUGGCUAACAUUUAGAAAAAUCCUCCCCUCAAACUGGAAAAUUUACAUUCGAAUCUUUCAUAAGCGUUGUUCAAUAGUAUAUCCCAUCCUACCUACCAUGCUUGUCAACACUAAUUCCGAGAAGUUCUUCCUUCUCUCUAAUAAUUACGCUAAAAUAAUUUCUCGUAGUUCUAACAUAAUCUUUAAUUUGAUGCAAGCGUAUUAAAAACCAAACAACAACAUAAAUUAGCCAUUAAGUUUCAAUUGGAAUUUGUCAUUUAAACUGUCAUUGUUUUGCAAAUUUACCAACAAUUUUUUUUUUUCGUUUUUUUGAAACUAAUUCUAACGUAUUUUGUGCACAUCCUGUUUUUUCUCCUCUUCGACUGUCUUCGCUAUCUAAAAACUACUCUCUCAAAAAAAUUGUAUCGAACACUCGUCAACUCGUCCAACCAAUUGCAAUAACAAACAAAUGUAAACGUAUGAAUUAAAACAAAAAAAAAAAAACACAUAAA